AUGAAAACUCCUUACUGUACUCUAGACAAGACCUCCGAUUCAGGUUUUCAAUCAAAGAAGGAGUACUUGUUCGGAAAGAUCGACAUGAAGAUGAAACUUAUUGCAGGAAACUCAGCCGGAACCGUCACUGCUUACUACAUAUGCGAGACAUGGGAUGAGAUCGAUUUCAAGUUCUUGGGAGGCAAAGGUAACUGCGAAAUGCAGUUCUAUCUGUGGUUCGAUCCCACUGCGGAUCUCCACACCUACACUGUCCUUUGGAACCCUUUGAACAUCAUCUUCGUGCUCGUGAUCAUGUUUCUCCUUAGUUGCACCUCGGCUAAACUAUACACAGUUGGUGGUGACUAUGGAUGGACUGUGAAAGACGACACUUGGGCUGAACAUAGGCAAUUCCACGUCGGAGAUUCCCUCGUCUUCGAAUACGAUCAGAACGUCAACGACCUCGCUCAAGUUUCCAGCGCUUCAGAGUAUGAUUCAUGCGAUUCCUCUUCUCCUAAAGUUGUUUACAACACCGGAUACGAUGUCGUAACCUUCAAGGAACCAGGACAUCAUUACUUCAUCACCUCAAAUCAAAUUCAAUGCGUCAACGGACUUAAACUCGACGUUCUUGUCGUCCAUGACACGUCACGUCCAAUUCCUUCUUCACCACCACCACCGAGCAAGAACCAUGAACCGUCACAUCCAGUUCCUCCUCCACCACCACCGAGCAGGAACCAUGAACCGUCACGUCCGAUUCCUCCACCACCACCGAGCAAGAACCAUGAACCUUCACGUCCAGUUCCUCCACCGCCACCGAGCAAGAUAGGAAGGAUCUACAAGGUAGGUGAUUCCAAAGGUUGGAGCGUCUACAACAGUUACUACUAUUACAAGUGGAGUAAAAAUAAACAAUUUUGUGUUGGAGAUACUCUCUAUUUCGAGUACAACAAGGACAUCAGCGACGUUAGAGAAAUCAGCGAUGAUCUUGAGUUUAAAUCAUGUGAAUCGAAUUCUACCGUAGCCGUGUACAAGUCCGGACACGAUCUCGUUAAGCUCACUAAACCAGGAGUGCAUUAUUUUGUAAGCUUAAAGACCGGGCUUUGUCAGGCUGGCAUUAAGCUUCGAGUCACGGUGCAACCAUCAACCGAAGACGUUACUUUGCCGGAUGUUCCCAAGAAACUCUCACCUAAUAACCGCUGCAACAGGUGGAGGUGGUGGUUAUGCAUGAUCAGACCUCAUCACUAA